AUGGCUUGCUGCCUUGCUCAUUGCAGCAUCCUGACCUUGUCUCCACCUCCUGCUCAGCCUCUCCUGCCCUCCUACAUCUUCCCUGCAUGCCCUUCUCUCCCCAGCAGUCCUGCCCAAGAUUCUAACAAGGCCAUGCAGCAUAUUUUAACCAACCCCGCAUCUUUCAUCAUCGUCAACAUCAUCAUGCUCAUUACAUUGUCCCCAUGGAUGCAUUCCAUGGUUCCUCCCACUGUUAGAUGGCUAUUGAUAGCAGAUCUGCAGGGAUAUUCAAAGUCUCUGGUAUACAAGAGGGCUGUGCACAACAGCAAUUGGAUUUGA